GGCAUGAUGGAGAGAGGCCACAAUAGGGACUCUGAGCAGUGCCGCGUGAAGGUCAAGGAGCUCAGACAAGCCUAUCAAAAAACAAAGGAGGCAAACGGUCGCUCCGGGUCAGAGCCGCGGACAUGCCGCUACUACGCCGAGCUGCAUGCAAUUCUAGGGGGGGCUGCCACCACUACCCCACCUUUGUUCGUGGAUUCUGGGUCGGGGAUAGUCUCGAUGCCUGAGGAUUCUGCCGAUGGGGUAGAGGAGGAGGAGGAGGAGGAGGAGGAGGAUGAGCUUGCAGAGAGCACACAGCACUCCAUUCUCCCCAACAGCCAGGAUCUUUUUAUCACCCUGACUGAAGUACCCUCCCAAGCCUCCCAAGCCAGUACCCAAGACUCUGACCCCAUGGAAGGGACCUCAGCAGCUGCAAAUUCCUCAAGCCUCCCUCCUCCAUCCCGAAGGUUAUCACAGAUAAGGCGUCGUAAGAAGAAGACGCGGGAGGACAUGUUUUCUGAAAUUAUGCAAUCCAGCAGGAGUGACAGAGCUCAUCUGAAUGAGUGGAAGGAAACAGUUUCAAAGUAUAGGAAAGAAGUCAGUGAACGUGAGGAGAGGAGGGACCAACGUGAGGAGAGGAGGGACCAACGUGAGGAGAGGAGAGACGAUCGAGAUGAGAGAUGGCGGCAGGAAGACCAGAGGAUGAAGGAUGCAGCGCUGGGGCUGCUCCGGCGUCUGGUGGAGGUUCAGGAAUGGCUGCUGGAAAACAGACUGCCGCUUCAGCCCCUGUUCCACCCUCCCCCCUCCCCAUGUUCCGUAUCCUCCUCACCCAGACGUGUAAGAACGCGGGGGGGGAGGCUCCGUACACCUUCCCAUUCCACCCCAGUAGACAGCCCAAGCAAAAGGCUGUCAUUUUUUUAACCUUUUCUUUGUGGCUUUUUCCUUCCCAGCAAUCCUCCUC